AUGCCUAGUGUGUACUGGCAGGAAUUUAAAAGAUGGAUCAAGGCCUUUACUAGAAUUGAAGUACUACUUGCUAUAUUAGAAGGCAUCCUCCUAGUCGGUUGUAUUGCAUUUUUAGCAUUUUUGAUAAUGCAUUUCAUAGUUUGCCCGCCCAAGCUCGACAAACAAUCAUCAGACACAAAUCAACCAGGAUUUGAACCAUGGAGCAAUACCACCGAAGCAGAAGAGGGAGCCGAUGCAAAUGACACCACAGCGCCGCUACGCCCACCCACCAGCUCCGGCGCAGUACCACCGUCUACCCAACACACACAUGCAGGAACCUUCGCCCCGGGCGUCAAGUGCACUUGGGAGCGAUCAAGAAAAACUGCAGCUCUAACACAUUACUACGAACACGAUAAAAACUCCACACAAACGACAGUUACUUUUAAACCACAAGUACUAACGACGAAGGCGAAGGCGGUGGAGGAUGUGGACUCGCUGGCUAUGGACGACCAGUCCGACGGCGAGCAGUCGCGCGACACGUUCCGCAGCGCGCUGCUGGCGCUGGUGCGCUAUACGCGCGACGACGACGAGACCUUCGGCUGCACGCUCGUGGCCGUCACCGAGUACUGGGCGCUAACUGCCGCCAGCUGCCUCGAGGCCGUCGAGGAGGUGGACUCGCUCGACAACUACGUGAUGACGGAGCGCUACGGCGACGCGGCGCGCGGCCGCACGCAUGCGCUGGCCGACGUGCGGCCGCACCCGCAGUUCGCGGGCCGCGACCCCCGCUACGACCUGGCCGCGCUGCGCAGCGACGCGCCCUUCCGCGCCGUCAACACGCCGCGCCUGCCCGACCUGCUCGACUACUUCCUCAUCACGAUGGGCGAGAGAUUGUCCCUCUUCGGAUUCGGCCCGUUCAGGUGGGAACCGAACAUUUACGGACAGUCGUCUCGUCGCCCCGGAAGGAACCGGUCACGAGUCAAUCUCGGGGUUCUUUUUCGCAGAAACUCCGAGCUGAAGAGCCACGACCGGCGGGUGCGGGAGGUGGGCGUGUACGUGGUGCCGGCGGCGCAGUGCGCAGGCGCGGAGGCGGCGUGGGCGCGGCGCCACCUGGCGCGGGCGCUGGCGCUGCAGCACGGCGGCUGCGGCGCGGCGCCGCUGUGCGCGGCCGUGCUGUACGCGCGCGGCGCCCCCUGCGGCUACUGCGCGGGCGCGCCGCUGCUGCGCCGCGGCACGCUGCUGGGGCUCAUGGCGGGCGCGCGCCGCUGCGGCCUGGCCUGCGAGCCCGCCACCUACGUCAACGUCGUGCUCGUGCGCGACUGGAUCGAUAUGCUCAUCGGCGACGAAUAA